AUGCGCGUGCUGCACCUCCCCAGGACUGGGUUUGCUCCGAGGAUCUUGGACAAGUUCGUCGAGUCGCACCGUGCUCUGGACGACCUCAAGCUGGUCCCGAAUGAUCACCUCGAGAUCUCCGUUGACCGAAACGUGUCCUCUCUUCCCAUAUUCCUCUCCACCGCGCUUCCCGCCCUCCGCUCACUCUCCUACACCUUCGACCGCCGCGGCUACAACGGGGACCUCAGCCUCCCCUUCAACGCCAUCGCAGCCACCCACUCGAAUCUCACCGAGCUCACGCUGAACAUCCACUCAAAGCUGAGCCGCCGCAUCCGCUUCUCCGACGUCCUCGCCCCCCUCGCGCCUCUACAGCGCCUCCGCGUAGUCAACGUCACCGUCAAAGGCGAAUACCUGGUCUACAACGCCAACGACCUCCGCAAGAUCCCCGCCAUGUGGCCCGCCCUUGUCGAGCUCCGGAUCGCGGGGGACCUCUACACCCAGCGCACGCGCAGCGCGGCACCGCUCGGCGCGCUGCUGGCGCUCGCACGCGCUCUCCCGGAGCUGCGCGCGCUGCAGCUCCCGCAGACGUUGUUCACCCCCGGGGCGCUGGACGUUGCCGCCACCACCGCCGCUGCCGCACCGCACCGCGCGCUGCACGGCCUGCGACUGGGCGCGGUGGAGGUGUGUGGGGGGAGGGAGGAGGACGCGGAGCGCGAGGUCCGCGCGUUCCUCAGCGCGUUGUUUCCGAACGCUGGACAUCGGGUCGACGUCAAGACGGACUUUGCUGCGGAGCCGUGA